CCCACCGAAACUGCGCCUGGAUUUACCACCUCACCAAAGGCAGAGCCUGCUUUUAGUUGGCAGGGGAAACACCCGAACAUCGUCAUAAAAUGCUUUUGAAUUUAUUCCAUGCCAUUUGUAGGUUCCGCGUUUACUUUCUCUUUCUCUCGCUCUGCGCAGGCCUACCCUCCUCGGGUGUGUCGAAAGUGCGGGCUGUGAGCUGCAAGCCAUGCCGUCUCCUUCCUGCUCUUCACUCUGGCUGGAAGGAACAGGACAGUAGACAACGCAGGGGAAGAUGCACAAAUUCCAUUUCAGCGGAGAGCCUGUGCCGGAUUGUGUGCUGAACGACAUCCAGACACUUAAUAAACUCUCCAGCCAGCAAUUCUCGGAAUUGACAGGGAUAAUCUUUCACUUUAUUACAGAACCCACAGAGUCAGAACGAUUAUUAAGCCAACUCGGUGAGUUUGCCUCUCAGCAUGGAAUGAGCCCAGGCCCACUGAAAAACAUUGUGAAAAGCAUCCUCUUGAUUCCUGCUGGUGCUCUGAAAAGGAAUUUGACAGCUGACCAUGUCAAGACUGAUUUUGUUACUUUGGGGCUAAGUGAGGAAAAAGCUGGAUGCUUUGCAGAUCAGUGGAAAUUGAAUUCUGCGGUGCUGUCAAGACUGGCAGUGGGACAAACAUUGACUGUCAAUCAGUUAGUAGACAUGGAGUGGAAAUUUGGAGUAACAGCAGGGAGCAGUGAAUUGCAAAAGGUUGGCAGUGUAUUUUUACAGAGAAUCGCUUUACCACUGAAAGUUACGUGAGUUUCUUUAAGAGAUAACAAGGUGUAGAGCUGGAUGAACACAGCAGGCCAAGCCGCAUCAGAGGAGCAGGAAGGCUGACGUUUCGAGCCGAGACCCUUCUUCAGUUCCUUUAUCUUGUGCCUUACAAUUCAUGAAUAAUCACUAACCAGCCACUGUUUACUAUAUUAACUGAGUCAUCUAUGAAUUGAACUGGAAUUGCUCAGUAUUUUCAUUAGAUUCAUUGUGUAAUUUGUAACCUUAUUUCUAAUGAAUUUUUUUCUUAUUUCAGUUAAAAUUAGUUAUAAAGAAGGGGAACAAGAGUGAAAAUGUUUACAUGG